UUUUACAUGUCGCCCUUCUUCAUCCUCCCAACACUCAAGGCCACAAACCAAAUGCUGCUAACUACUCCAGCUAGCUAGCAACAAUAAUGGCGGCCUGCCGUCCCUCCGGCCUCAGCGUCUUGUGCAGCCUCUACCGUCUCUACAUCUGCAUGCUGUUCAUCCAUGUCCCUCGGGCUCACUCGCUGUCCUUCGACCUCAGCUUCUCCAAACCCCAGAGCCCAGACCUCUCCUCCCAGAAGAUAAACUUCAACGGCGACGCGUACCCCACUCCAGAAACGCUCGAGCUGACGCGAAACCAGCAUGACCAAAGCAGCACCAACAGCAUCGGCCGGGCGACGUACGCGCAGCCGGUGCCGCUGUGGGAUGGCGCCACCGGCGAGACGGCCAGCUUCACCACCACCUUCACCUUCCGGAUCAGGCCGGACUCGUGGAGCCCGUACCCCGGCGACGGGAUGGCGUUCUUCCUCGGCCACUACGGGUCAGAUAUCCCCGUCCAGAGCGGCGGCGGCAUGCUCGGCCUCGUCCCGACCCACACCAACGGCACCGGAAACGGCACCGUCGUCGCCGUCGAGUUCGACACCUUCCAGAACCCGACGAACGACGACAUCAGCAGCAACCACGUGGGCAUCGACGUCGACUCCCUCAACUCCACGGCGUCCACGGACACCACCUCGCCGACCAAGAACCUCACGUCCGGUUACCUGAUGGCGGCCACCGUAAGGUACGAGAACGUCACCAGGUUGCUCGCCUUGGAGCUCACCGUCAACGACACGUCCUACUACGUCAACGCAACUGUCGAUCUCAAGGGCUACCUACCGGAGCGUGUAGCCGUCGGCUUCUCCGCGGCGACUGGAAAUGGCGGCGAGCAGCACCAGGUGCUGUCAUGGUCAUUCACGUCCACUCUGCCGGAACCACCGGCACCGGCACCGGCACCGCCGCCGCAUGCGACACCAGACAACAACCAGCCUCCCAAGAAGAAGAGAUCAGUCGGGACCACGGGCCUGAUAAUCGCCGUGCUUGUGCCUCUGCUAUCUCUCCUGGCGUGUGCGGCAGGCGUGCUGGCAAGGCGAAAACUCAGGGGAAGAAGAAGAAGAAGACCGCCAAACGGUAGCAGCGACGACGACAACGAUUACCAAGAACAGGACAACGGCAGCAGGGCGGAGCUCGAGAGAGGAGUGGCUGCCACCGGCCCCCGGCGGUACGCGUACCGCGACCUGGCCGCCGCCACCGACAACUUCGCCGAGGACGGCAAGCUCGGUCGCGGUGGCUUCGGGAGCGUCUACAGGGGCAAACUCACCGUCGCCGGCGAAGAGCGGCCCGUGGCGAUCAAGGUGUUGUCGUCGGAGUCGUCGGCGCAGGGCAGGAAGGAGUUCGAGGCGGAGGUGAGGAUCAUCAGCCGGCUCAAGCAUCGCAACCUCGUGCAGCUCCUGGGCUGGUGCGACAGCCGGCACGGCCUCCUGCUCGUCUACGAGCUGGUGGCCCAGGGCAGCCUCGACAGGCAUCUCCACGGCAGCGAGCGCUUCUUGGCGUGGCCGGACAGGCACCAGAUCAUCCUCGGCCUGGGGUCGGCGCUGCGGUACCUCCACCAGGAGUGGGAGCAGCGCGUGGUGCACGGCGACAUCAAGCCCAGCAACAUCAUGCUGGACGACUCGCUGGGCGCCAAGCUCGGCGACUUCGGCCUGGCCCGGCUCGGAGACCACGGCGGGCGCUGGCACACCACCAAGGCCGUGCUCGGCACCGCGGGGUACAUCGACCCGGAGUUCGUCAACACGCGCCACCCGAGCACCCACGCCGACGUGUACAGCUUCGGCAUCGUCCUCCUCGAGGUCGUCUCCGGCCGGUCCCCGGUGGUCCUGCUGCCCGGCGAGCCGCCCUUCGUUCUGCUCAAGUGGGUGUGGGGCCUGUACGGACGGAACGCGGUCCUCGACGCGGCGGACGAGCAGCUGAGGGGCGGCGGCGACGACGACGAGUGCAUCGAGAGGGCACUCGUCGUCGGGCUCUGGUGCGCCCACCCUGAGCAGAGCGAGCGGCCGUCCAUCGCGCAGGCCAUGCACGUCCUGCAGUCGGCGGACGCCAGGCUGCCGGCGCUCCCGCCGCAGAUGUACAAGACGGCGUCGGACCUCGCCGUCACCGGACGUUCCUACGGCGUUUUGUCCGUGGAAAGCUACAGCGGCGGUGACUCCUCUACGACGACUACGACCGCCGGCUACUCCAAAACUUCUUCAGGCUCGUCGACCACGGCCUUGCUCCGAGAUUCAAAAGAGAGACCUUGAUUCUGCAAAAAUAAAAUAAAAAAUCCUAUGUGGGAGCUGAACUGUAAAAAAAAUGUGUUUUCAGUUUUGUUAAUUUGGGCUGAAGCCUGAAGCUAACACUUUCAGUUUUGAAUCUUCCUUCACACCGGUUGUCCAUAUUUCUUUUGCGGCAAUAGAAAAAUUCAG